AUGCUGCUCCACCAACUUCCUGCUUGUCUGACUGCAGUGGUCUGUGGAUUCCUGCUUCUCCCACUUGGAAUUAAGGGCCAGGAGCCAGCCAGCCCCAUCAGGACCACACAAUAUGGGCAGGUGCAGGGCAGCCUCGUCCAUGUGAAUGACACCAAUGUGGGAGUCCACAUCUUUCUGGGCAUUCCCUUUGCCAAGCCACCUGUAGGCCCAUUGCGGUUUGCCCCUCCAGAACCCCCUGAACCAUGGAGUGGUGUGAGAAAUGCCACCUCCUACCCAGCCAUGUGUCUGCAAAAGGCUCUUCCUAUGAAUACACUGAAGAUGGUGAAGCUAACUAGACCUCCAAUCUCAAUGUCUGAAGACUGCCUUUAUCUCAACAUCUAUUCACCUGCCAGUUCCCAGGAGGGCUCUAACCUGCCUGUGAUGGUGUGGAUCCAUGGUGGUGCACUGGUUUCAGGAAUGGCUUCCACGAAUGAUGGAUCCAUGCUGGCAGCCAUUGAGAAUGUGGUGGUUGUCACUAUCCAGUACCGCCUAGGAGUUCUAGGCUUCUUCAGCACUGGAGACCAGCAUGCCACUGGCAACUGGGGCUACCUGGACCAUGUGGCCGCCCUACGCUGGGUCCAACAGAAUAUCGCCCACUUUGGAGGCAACCCUGACCAGGUCACCCUUUUUGGCGAGUCUGCAGGUGGCACAAGUGUGUCCUCACAUGUCGUGUCCCCCAUGUCCCGAGGACUCUUCCAUGGUGCCAUCAUGGAGAGUGGGGUGGCCCUGGCACCAGCCCUCAUCUCCAGCUCCUCUGAACCAGUCUCCUCAAUGGUGGCCAACCUGUCUGCCUGUGAGCAGGUGGACUCAGAGGCCCUGGUGCACUGCCUGCGGGCCAAGAGUGAAGAGGAAAUGCUGGCUAUUACCAAGACCUUCAAGGAAAUCCCUGCAGUGGUGGAUGGGGUCUUCCUACCCAGGCACCCCAAGGAGCUGCUGGCGUCUGCUGACUUCCACCCAGUCCCUAGCAUCAUUGGAGUCAACACUGAUGAGUUUGGCUUCCUCCUCCCCAUGGUCUUGGGAUUUCUUGACACGAUAAAGGGAAUAAAUAGAAGUACCUUGCCAUCUGUCAUGCAGAACAUGGUAGGACUCAUGAACUUGCCUGCUGAGUGUGCUGACUUGCUGAUGGAAGAGUACAUGGGGGACACCGAGGACCCCCAGACCCUCCAAGCCCAGUUCCAAGACAUGAUGGGGGACUUCAUGUUCGUGAUGCCUGCACUGCACGUAGCGCAUUUUCAUAGUUUCCAUGCCAGCGUCUACUUCUAUGAGUUCCAACAUCGUAAGAACUUGACCGUGAACCUCAGGCCCCCGUAUGUGAGGGCCGACCAUGGUGAUGAGGUUGACUUUGUUUUCGGGUCUUCCUCCUAUGGAAGCAGCCCGGGCUUUUCUGAGGAAGAGAAGUUACUGAGCAGGAGGAUGAUGAAGUACUGGGCCAACUUUGCCCAGAAGGGGAACCCCAACAGUGAGGACCUGCUCCAUUGGCCUAUGUUCGACCAGAAUGAGCAGUAUCUACAGCUGGACAUCCAUCCUGCCGUGGGCCAGGCCCUGAAGGCCUCCAGGCUGAAGUUCUGGACCAAGACCCUACCCCAGAAGAUCCAGGAGUUCAAUGGGACUUCACAUCUGAAGUGA